UGAUGGCUGUGAUUACCCCACACGCUGACGAGGAUCAGCGACGCACGCAGAAGUAAGAGGCUGUUUGGAGAAGUGCUUUCCCUCACACUGAAGCUCGGUGUAGCUGAGACUCGAUCAGGUCUGGAUGUCUGAGCUCACACACAUGUCCUCGGCCAUGGCCCCCGGCACCCCCGGCACCCCCGGCCCCGCCGGCCCCAGAGAGGUGGAGCUGGUCCUGGUGAAGGAGAAGAAUGGGGUGCAGCUCACCUCCUCGGCUCUGGUCAGUCCCAGCGGUCAGACGCACCGCUCCGGAGAGGAGCGCGAGACCUGGGGCAAGAAGAUCGACUUCCUCCUGUCUGUCAUCGGCUUCGCUGUGGACCUCGCCAACGUCUGGAGGUUCCCUUACCUGUGCUACAAAAACGGUGGAGGUGCGUUCCUGGUGCCGUACCUCUUCUUCAUGGUGAUCGCUGGGAUGCCGCUCUUCUAUAUGGAGCUAGCUCUGGGCCAGUACAACCGUGAAGGAGCAGCAGGAGUCUGGAAGAUCUGCCCCAUCUUCAAAGCAACUGCUUUGGGAGUGAAGACUGAAGUCAACACUGCACUUUUGGCAUUUCCCACAAAUCAGUGUAGCGAGAAAAUGCUGAUCAUCCGUGUGGUGUGGAUCACAGCCACGAUGCCCUAUGUCGUCCUCGUUGUCCUGCUGCUGCGCGGCGUCACACUGCCUGGAGCCAUCGAUGGCAUUAAAGCCUACUUGAGCGUGGACUUCCUGCGCCUGUGUGACGCUCAGGUCUGGAUCGAGGCUGCCACGCAGAUCUGCUUUUCUCUGGGAGUGGGGUUUGGUGUGCUAAUCGCCUUCUCCAGCUACAACAAAUUCAGCAACAACUGCUACAGAGACGCCAUCAUCACCAGCUCCAUCAACUCUCUGACCAGCUUCUUCUCUGGCUUCGUCAUCUUCUCCUUCUUGGGCUACAUGUCACAGAAACACAACGUGGCUCUAGAUAAAGUCGCCACAGACGGUCCUGGUCUGGUGUUCAUUAUUUACCCAGAAGCCAUUGCUACACUGCCGGGUUCAUCAGUGUGGGCUGUGAUCUUCUUCAUCAUGCUGCUGACUCUGGGAAUCGACAGCGCUAUGGGAGGGAUGGAGUCUGUGAUCACGGGACUCAUCGACGAAUUCAAGUUCCUGCACAAACAUCGAGAGCUCUUCACGCUCUUCAUCGUGGUCUCCACGUUCCUCAUCUCUCUCAUCUGUGUCACGAACGGGGGCAUCUAUGUGUUCACGCUGUUGGACCACUUCGCCGCCGGGACAUCGAUUCUGUUUGGAGUGCUGAUUGAGGCGGUCGGCAUCGCCUGGUUCUACGGUGUGGAUCGCUUCAGCGAUGAUAUCCAGGAGAUGAUCGGACAGAGACCCGGCCUCUACUGGAGACUGUGCUGGAAGUUUGUCAGUCCGUGUUUCCUCCUGUUCAUGGUUGUUGUGAGUUUCGCGACGUUCAAUCCUCCCAAGUACGGCUCGUAUUAUUUCCCCACGUGGGCGACAAUGCUGGGCUGGUGUUUGUCCAUCUCCUCCAUGAUCAUGGUGCCGCUCUACGCCAUCUACAAGUUCUGCUCGCUGCCCGGAAGCUUCUGUGAUAAACUGGCGUAUGCCAUCACUCCAGAGACGGAGCAUCACCUGGUGGAGCGUGGAGAGGUCAGGCAGUUCACGCUUCAUCACUGGCUGGUGGUUUGAGGUGAUGAUGAUGAAGAUGAUGACGGCACACGAGGACUGGAGCGCUGACAGAAGCGUAUUACUAGUUGUUUCUUUGGACAUGUGGCUGUUUCGUGACUUGCAUCACAGUGUGUCAGUAUCGGUUUCACU